GUUUUGUAUGCGAACGUGUUUUGUUUUUUUUUUUUUUACAUUUGGAUUUUUUUGAAUUAAAAAUUGAAUUUUUUUUCGAAAAUCAAAAAUGAUUAUCUUUGUUAAAACAUUUGACAAAACAAUUUCAUUGGAUGUUGAUCGUUUUGAAUCGAUUGAUUCGAUUAAAACGAAAAUUCAACAAAGAGAAGAUAUACCCGUUGAAGAUCAACGUAUUAUUUUUGGUGGUAAACAAUUGGAAACUUGUUUGAAUGAUUAUGAUAUCUCGAAAGAUGCUACACUUCAUCUUGUUUCACGUUUAUGUGGUGGUGUUAUCGAACCAAGUCUUUUGAUUUUGGCACGUAAAUAUAAUUGCGACAAGAUGAUCUGUCGAAAAUGUUAUGCUCGACUUCAUCCAAAAGCAACAAAUUGUCGUAAACGUAAAUGUGGACAUUCGAAUAAUAUUCGACCGAAAAAGAAGAUCCGUUAAUCUCGAAAUCGAAUAAACAAAUCAUUCGAGAUCAGAUUUUGGUCAAUGUCUUAUUUUCAUUCUAUUUUUUUGAUUUGAAUAAAAAAAUUU